CUCACAGGCACAUCGACAGAAAAUGGGAGAAGUCUUCCAGAAAGAUAAGUUCAGGAAUCCUGGCUUCAUUCCCUCCAUUAUUGUUAUGGACCCACUUGCCAAACCUGAAAUGAAACAACCCAUCAUAGGCUUGUCUCUGCUGACUCUGUGCUUCAGUCCAGAGACACAGACCUUUUUUUACUUGUGCCACGUCUGCGAGGAAAAGCGUCCACCAGACAAGAUUUUACACCACCUCUCCACUGGUGACCAUUGCAGCAACUACUUUGUAAGCACUGAAGGUCAUAGAAAUUAACCAUUGAUCUGAAUUCGCAAGCAGAGUUUCAUUUGGAUUUUGUAUUUUAGAACUACACAGACCCCAAUGUACUGAGUUUCUCCUGGAUGCCCAGCAUGGACAUGAGAGCCAUUCUGAGGCCUCAGCUCACGAAGGAAGUCAAAGAAAGAGGAUCUGGAACAUUACAGAUGUUGGAUUUACCUGAAAGCCUGAUAAAAAAGCUUGAAGCAAGUACUUACUCUGAAGUGAUGCGCGCUCUAAAUGAAAAUGAUAAGUUUCUCAAGCUGUUCGAAGCCACCAAUCCAAACAGGAUGAUGAUCCAGACAUACCAAAGAGACGGAAACAGAAAACAUCCACUUCUUGGCAUGCAGCACCUUGUUGAAUGCAUCUGUGACGGACCGCCUGAGAAGAGAUACUACCUCUGCACUCUCUGCAACAUAACUUUGGCCACCCACAUGAUCAUCAAGCAUGUCCUGAGCUUUGACCACAUCUUUUGUUACUUUAAAGCGUGGCACCCCUCUACUUUGCUGUCGAAAGAAAGCUACAAGGAUUACACAGAUUCCUUCACCUCCAUGAUGCGAGAUUUUGCAAAGCAGACGGAAGAAAUUCAUGCAACUGCAAACACUGACAUGAAGGAAGUGAACCUGAAGCCUGCUGAAUUCCCAUCGGUGAAUUUCGCCUCUUUUGCAGAAGCUUGGAAGAAGCUGGAAUGCAUCAUGAAGGAAAACAAAGGGAGCAGCUUGAUCACAAGCAUCAAACCAGGGAACAAGCUGGGUUAUUAG